AUUUGGCGCGUGACGUCGGGAGAGUUAUAAACACACUCCGCGCGCGCUCUACAGCCAAAACUUGGCGCCACGGAAUACGGACCCGCAGAGGAGAGAGGCGUAUUCACCCGUCUUUGAGUUUUCAAAGAGAGUUUUUUUUGGUUAAAAUCUGAUUUCUUUUGCUCGCUAUGACUGUCAAACUUACCGAAGGAGCCAUUGAGGCUCUGACCAAGGGCAGCGACGUGCCCAACAUGGUCCUGCAGGUGGUGAACAUCCGGCGCAUCGAGAGCAGCGCCGGGCCGGUCCGGUUCCGGAUGAUGAUGAGCGACGGGGUGCACACCAUGUCCUGUGAGUACAGCAGCAGCGGUAUUGGGCCUGUUUCAGCCGGGCAGCAGUCGGCUCCCAUCGGUUGGGUUUAGAUUGGAACCUCAGGAGACUGUCGGUCCUCUGAAAUACGUCUCUUUCUUCUUAAAGACGGGGAACAAGCAGUGUGUCCUGCUGGCGGGGAAGCAUCUUGCAUCUGCCUUUGAAUUUAAGUCCUUUUGAUAGUUGUAUUGCUCCUUAUUGUGGUGCUUAAGUCUUGGUGGCUGCUCAAGUCUUUGCUCAUUAAGCUCUGGAGAAGAUUAUGGUUUAAGGUCGUAAACUUGAUUUUACAUGUAAUAAAUUCAGAAUUUUUUAGCUUGGGGAAAUUUUAGGAGCUUUUCCUAGUUGAUCCCGAGUCGGUUUGAAUGGCAGAGAUGGACCCAGUCUCGCUGUGCUCUGCUCCACUUUC